GUCGCGCGAUCGGAGGUGGGAGAGCGAGACCCAGGUGCGGAGGGGGGUGGCACCGAAGAGGGGGGUAGCAAGGUCAAAGUCAAGCUCACGCAGAUCUGCUCCUCCCGCGAUCGCCAGCGGACGGUCGUGUGACCCCGAGCGGCUUCCUCCGGCUCUCAAGAGUGGGCGUUGUCUCUUCUCGAACUGGUGCCUACUGGCGGACAGCAAUGGGUACAGCACGUGGACUUGGCAGCGCGGCGACCGCGGAGUGACACUGUGCGCCUCUUCGCGCUCUCGCCGCCACUUGUCUCUGUCGCGGUAGCGUCUUCGCGGGUUGACAUUCGUGUUCAGUGACAGUGCGUUGGUUUGCGCCCGGCAAGCGAACGUCGUUAGGCUCGGACUCGGACGUAUUUCCUCACACCCUUUCGGUCGCUGCCAGCGCCGCACUGCUUGCACGGCAAUUUCCAGUGACACUGCGUGUGGAGUGAGACGUAUUGAAUGGAACGUCUCCCGACUGACGAGUGCGCGCGCUGAGCCUUUGACAGUUGACAAGACGGCCCUUAGCGACCACCAGACUCUCACGAUGGAGACGUGCGUGCUGAUCCCUCAGGAGUUCUCACUCGUGCUGACGGCCACGAGUCCCGUGGACAGGAACGCCAACCGCCUUCCCGAAAUGCGCGUCAACGUGUGGACCAAUGCUCGCAUCCCGCAGGGCACGCUCAUCUACCCGUUCCAGGGCACCAUCCGGCUCGACAAGCUCGAGGUCUACGGCUACCUGGACGACAAUGACAUCCGACACCGGUUCGGCUGUUACGACGAGAUCACAGAAGUAGACAGGCGGCGUGUCCGCCACUGUAACUGGGUACGUUUCCUACGCGCCGUCCACGAGUACACGGAAGACGUCAACCUCAUCGGCACCAAGAUCAAAGGGGAGCCCAUGUACGAGGUGGUGAAGACGAUCCCGGCUAACUCGGAGCUGGUGGUCUACUUCCUGCCCGAGCGGCCCGAGGAGGUAUUCUUCAUGCCCGCCGUGCACUACCUGCGUACCUCCAUCUACCGCCGCACCAUGGACACCAUCCUCGAAGACUCGCCGCUGGACCUGUCGAUGUCGCUGCUGUCGCGGGUGCUCGUCAACAGCCCUGGCGCCGGCGACACCGACGAGCGCAAGUCCGUGUCCGGGGAGUCGUCCACGUCGUCGUCGUCGUCGUCAUCGUCCACGUCUUCGGCGGUGUCGACGGCGGGCGACCUGUCGCUGUCGCUGGCGCUGGAGGCGGCGGCGGCGGCGGCGGCGGCCGUGGCGGCGGCGGCGCCUGGGCCCAAGGCGGCGCGGCCGGCGCGCGGCGAGCGGACGCUGCUGCCCUGCGAGGUCUGCGGCAAGGCCUUCGACCGGCCGUCGCUGCUCAAGAGGCACAUGCGCACGCACACAGGCGAGAAGCCGCACGUGUGCAUGGUGUGCAACAAGGGGUUCUCGACGUCGAGCUCGCUGAACACACACCGGCGCAUCCACAGCGGGGAGAAGCCCCACCAGUGCCAAGUCUGCGGGAAGAGGUUCACCGCCAGCUCCAACCUCUACUACCACCGCAUGACGCACAUCAAGGAGAAGCCCCACAAGUGCGGUCUGUGCUCGAAGUCCUUCCCCACGCCCGGGGACCUCAAGUCGCACAUGUACGUCCACAACGGCUCGUGGCCCUUCAAGUGCCACAUCUGCAACCGGGGCUUCAGCAAGCAUACAAACCUGAAGAACCACCUCUUCCUCCACACCGGAGACAAGCCACACGCGUGCGACUUGUGCCACAAGAAGUUCGCUCUGGCGUGUAACCUGCGGGCCCACAUGAAGACGCAUGAAAGUGAUCCCCAGGAGGAGUGCGUCCGGUGCGGCAAAGUGUUUCUGGCGGCAGGAGGCACCCAGGUGGCGGUCCACGGCCUCUGCGGAGCGUGCCUGGCCACCAACCAGGGGCUGUCCCCUUUGGUCACCAAGGAGGACUCUUCGGCGUCACUGCGGUCUUGCGGAGACUCAGCUGGCGAGGAGUCGAGCGCUGCGGGCACCGAGCGUGAUGAGGACGACUCCAAUGGCCACCCGGAGUAGAGUCCUGAGCAGAAGUCCUCAACUCCCAUCCAGCUCUCCUGUCCAGAGGUGGAUCGUCAACGGCGUCUACUAGGACUCCAGAGACCACGCUGACGACAGAAUGUGCCGACUCAUCAAGCUAGCCCGGAUCUGUCGGUCUGCCCAAGUGUUGCCGACAUUCUUGUUGAGACCUGUGAUACCAGACUUUGUAAGCAUGUUUUGUGUUACUCUGCUACUGUCCAGUAAUUUGCAGAGCACUUCAACACGAAGAACUAAAUAGCUGUUCUCGGAAUGACAUCCUCAUGUUUAUCUGAACUGUUUGGUGUUAUUUGUGUGAUACAUGAUCGCUCUUAAUUUUAUUUUCAUCUUUUUGUGGACGUUGUCCCGUUCACAUCACAACGAACAAUUGACGCAAAAAUUUGUGGCUGAUACAUGACUAUAAUUUUCCGUAUUAUAAGUGUAUUAAAUUGAAGCGUCUCGAUCUCUUAGGACAUAAGCUGACGAAUAGCAAAACACAUCAUACAUUGCGUCUUAAAACUAAUUAUGAGUCCCAGAUAUAGACUUGCUUACGUAUUUGGUGCUGGUGAUAAUCUUUCCUGUGCACCAUGGUGGAAUUAACAUUCGUUUGUGAUCAUCUUUUGGCAGAAAGGUGAUGAGAUUGCAGUACUUUGAUCGCUGACAGGACACUACAGCCAGCACCAAUCCAACUGACGGUGUUUUUCCCCGAUACUUCUCCGCAGAAGGAGUCUGGGAACUCCGUGUGGCACAGUGAUUAUGAACUGAACAAGAAAACAAUAGCACAGAAAAACUUAACUGUAAAGCUUAUGUGAACUAGAUCUCGUUUGACGAUAUUCUUUGCAGUGUGUGAUACGAUAUUCUCGUAAGUUAAGGGGAUGUGCAUUGUGAAAUUGAAGUAGUGUGACAGUUACAGGACAAAAUUUUCAGUCGCGAUUUCUCAGAAACUUUCGUGUGAAAGCGCAGUGAAAGAAUGUGUUGGUGUAAACCAUGAAGAAUGUGAUUUCCGUCCAGUAAACGUGUUUACGAAACUCUGAAAUGUUAAUAAGUUAAUGUGACAUCAUAAUUAAUCCAAGAUGACUCUGUAACUUUAUGCAUAGUGCGGCAGAGAACUGGGCUCAAGUGUAGACAGUUCUCAGCUCGCAUUUGUUGGCAAUUUUUACUGACGUAAAGUUAUUGAGUAAAGUUUAAUUGUCUCUGUGAAAGAACUCAACACUGAACGACGCUAGUGGGAGCUCUAUAAUAUUUAUCAUGGCUUUGGUUAUAUGAACAUAGUUGUUUGAAAAUACUUGUAGUGUUAUUGGUUCAUGUCAUAUAAUUUGAACGUAACAAAUCUGUGGUAGAAUGGUUCACACAUCUGUAACAGAUGCCAUAGCGUUUGUAAGUCUUUCCCGUUCACUCAGUGAAUAUUAGCUUUAAGUUUAAGCUCGAUGCUUAAGGUAAGGAAUAGCAGACAAUAAAGAUAACAGGGUUUGUCUGUUGGUAAGUGAAACAUAAGCGUUUCGUACAGCUGUCGAUUCAUUGUACUUCGAAGUAGAGAUUUCUGCAUUGUUUGUCUUUAUUUCUUCUCUACACAUACUAGUACUUUUGUAAAUAGUAUCUUCUUUUACAUCUCAGCGACAUUAAA